UCUAGCAAUUCCACUACAAGUUCUACAUCAGCAUAAACUACUUGGAUCCUUUCAGUGAACUUCCUUCUGCAACAAUUCGGAAUAUAUACUCAUGGCCGUCCAUUUGCUCUCCAUGAUUCCUAGUGCCAAGCAGAUUCUUAAACUACGAUCCCUCAAUAGAAACCAGGUUGGUGUUGCAAAAGGCCACAUUGCAGUUUAUGUAGGAGAAAUCAAGCGGAAGCGGUUUGUUGUUCCAAUAUCUUACCUGAAUCAUCCUUCAUUCUUGGAGUUGCUUAACCGAUCCGAGGAAGAAUUCAGCUUCAACUAUCCAACAGGAGGUCUGACUAUUCCAUGCGAAGAAGAUGCGUUUUCAGAACUCACCUCUCGGUUGAGUCACUCAUGAAAGAUAAAGAACAAAGAGCACCCUCCACAGAUUUGACAUGAUCCUCUGAUUCAUUCUUUCCUCCCCCACAAUUCCCCUUUUCUUUUUUAUUUUGGGCUUCUGUCCCACAUAAAAACUUCUGUGUAUAUAAUUUUUUUUCUAUGUAAAUCAGUAGGCACAGAGAAAAUCCUCUCCACCAAAACAAAUUUCAGAAAUGAAAUUGUUGAUCUUCAGUGACUGAUACAGAUGCUAG